AGCACAAAAGAUAGGAAUAGAAAUGAAAAUUUUUAUAAAGGCAAAAGAGGAAAAGCACUGUACGUUAUCAGAGAUCCCAUAGAGUUUGGAUAUAAAGUAGGAAUUAGCAGAAUUUAGACAUCCUGUGAGACCCAAACCCAAGCAGAUGGAUACUUACGGUUGUAUAUAAAUACCGGCAUAUUCACAAGUACAAACGUCUAAAAACAUUCCCUGUUUCUUCGAUUCGUACUGCUACCUGCUGGCUCGCCGGACCAACAUUCGCAGCACUAACACAAAAUUUUAUUAGGAAGCAAAAUCCAGGGCAAAGAUGUUAGAUGGGGAAGAAUAUAGAGAGGAGAUGGGUGAGCCUUUUUCCAGCGUGGUUCAAGUUACACCGACUAAAAAGAAGAAAAACAAGAACAAGAGGAGGUUCAGCGAUGAACAAAUCAAAUCUCUGGAAUUGAUGUUUGAAUCGGAAACCAGGCUUGAACCUCGAAAGAAGUUGCAGGUGGCUAAAGAGUUGGGUUUGCAGCCACGACAGGUUGCCAUAUGGUUUCAGAACAAGAGAGCCAGGUGGAAAUCCAAGCAGCUUGAACGAGAUUACACCAUCCUACAAGCCAAUUACGAUCAUCUAGCUUCCAAGUACGAAAGUUUAAAGAGAGAAAAGCAGGCCUUACUCGCUCAGUUGCAGAAGCUGAACGAUUUGAUUAAGAAGCCGAAAGAGGAAGAGCAGUGUUGCGGACAAGUUAAUGGUAUGAGGUGCAGUGAGGGAGCCUCAGAUAAGGGAGAGACGACUGUGAAGUCUGAUUCAGAAGGGCAGCUUAGUUUAUCAAUGGGAAGAUCGGAACAUGCACUAGGAGCCUUAUCGGAUGAUGAUAGUGCCAUAAGGACGGAUUACUUCGGACUGGAAGAAGAGCCCAACCUUAUGAGCAUGGUGGAUCCAGCUGACGGUUCUUUAUCCUCUCCAGAAGAUUGGCGCAGUUUAGACUCUGACGGUCUUUUUGAUCAGUCCCCUUGUGGUUACCAAUGGUGGGAUUUUUGGUCUUGAAAUAACCAAACAAAAACAAAACUAUAUAGAGGAAAAUGUAUGCAAAUAAUCUUUCCUUCUCUACACUGGGAGACAUGGGGGAAAGCAUGUCUAUGUAUCAUUGAAAUUUAGAUGAAGAGAAGUAGAUUUUGCGGUCGUCUAGAUUCUAAAACCCAAACUUCGGCUUCCCUGGUAUGUACCACUUUGGAUUAAGACACAGAACUGGAGUUCACUUGUUGCUUACAAAUCAUGUGCAUAUGUGUUUGCAUUUGAGACUGGGGAGUGAGGAACAGUAAAGGAGGAGCUUAUACCACUUCCAAUGCUCAAAAAAAUGAUAUAUUCAAAUCACUUUAUCAGUUUCCUGCUUCUCCUUAUUGGAUGAGCAAUUGUUUCGUCCUGCAUGAGAUUCAAUCUUCAAUUCCAGUACUUGUUGUAUGCUGAUUAUAGCAGAUACGAUUCCCCUGUCCUCUCUGAAACUAGAACAGAGAGUAUAAACACAACCACUUACAGCACAUUUCUUCUAUCAUUAAACUGCAGUUAAUCAUUAGAAUAGAUAUUGGCACUCA